UUAAAACUGUAUGCUACUCAAACUCAGAUCUAAUUGUUAACAUGGAUUUGAAAUACGUUUUUAAUGAAGCAGAUGAGGAGCAUCCUAAAAAUCUGAUACCAUCUUUAUGUAAACAGUUCUAUGAUUUAGGUUGGGUAACAGGCACUGGAGGUGGGAUUAGUAUUAAAAAUGGGGAUAAUAUAUUUAUAGCACCAUCUGGUGUACAAAAAGAAAGAAUUAAGCCAGAAGAUUUGUUUGUUCAAACAAUUGAUGGAGAAGAUAUUUUAACACCUCCUCCUGCAAAAAAGUUGAAAAAAAGCCAAUGCACCCCUCUCUUUAUGAAUGCCUAUACUAUGAGAAAUGCUGGCAGUGUUAUACACACCCACUCAAAGGCGGCUGUGUUGGCAACGCUUCUAUUUCCUGGACGAGAAUUUAAAAUCACCCACCAAGAAAUGAUAAAAGGCAUCAAGAAAUGUUCAACAGGAGAAUACUACCGAUAUGAUGAAGAGUUAGUAGUGCCAAUUGUAGAAAAUACACCUUAUGAAGAAGAUCUCAAGGAUGCCAUGGCUCUUGCAAUGAAAGACUACCCAGAUACGUGUGCUGUUCUUGUACGCCGUCAUGGGGUUUAUGUCUGGGGUGACACAUGGGAGAAAGCUAAGACAAUGUGCGAAUGCUAUGAUUAUCUGUUUGACAUAGCUGUUCAAAUGACUGCGUUAAAAUUAGACCCUACACAAAAGCCAGUACCCCACAGUGAUGCCUACUUGAGCAGAUCUUCAAGAUAACAAAUAACUGACAACCUCAUUUUUCCACCCACAUAGAUUUUGUUUGAUUAGGCUGUCCCAGGAUGAAACAUUUCUACACAAAUCUGGGUCAAAGUUAUUCUUAAAGCUACUUUAUAUAUGCAGAUUACUGGUAUCUUGUUAUAGAUUUUAUUUAAUUCAACACAAGGCAUUUAAUUUACACUUGAAAUUAAUGGGAUGAACUUUCACUUUAUGUUUUUCAGUAACUAAGUUCUAUGAAUUUCUUGUGAUGGGAACUCAGUUUUUAUGUUUUUCCAUUUUCUUGUGAUGGGAUUUAAUUGCACCUCAUGUUACCAAUAUCUUGGUUGUGUAAUGUAUGCAAUUAUACUCAACAAAAACACUUCCAAUCUACAGAUUGUUUUAAAGUGUUGAGAGAAAGAUUAUUGGCUUAUGUUUAUGUCAAAGUUUUUAACUUCAAAUGACCUAAUGUAUUAAAGAUCUGUAAAAAUA